UCAAUUCUGCCAGUGGUUCUGCUUUACUUUCGCUGUUCUCUAGCUGGUCUAAAACCGCUUUUGACCUAAAGGGACGCUUUUUGGAUGCCAUGGACUUUUCUCAGUUUCCAGGCAGAAAGAACAGUAAAAAAUGCAAGCAGGGCACAGGACAAAGCACUCGGGACAAAAUGUAUGUGAAAUGGUUUGAAACAAAAAUGACAGUUUCUAAAAUUUUUACAUUUGCCGCCGGUUCCGACCCUCGUACGUCCCGACGCUCGCAGGGGACGGAACACGGAAGCCGGCAUCGGCCGGAGGAGAUAGUUGGGGAUGCUGCAGGAGGGGCA